CAUAGAAAUACAACAUAUAAAUUAAUGCUAAAAUAAUUCAACUAGUAGAAUUUCUAUUGAUGAUAUGAGUUUAUUCAAUGCCAAAACUGCCCCCCACCUCGUUGGAGAAAGAUUUAAAAUAAGCAUUUUUUAGUACUUUCAUUAUUCUUCCUGUAUUUAUUUCUCAAUGGGCGUAGGUACAUCAUCUUGUGUUACUUUCUGGGUGUGUUACUUUCACUUCCCUUAGUUUUUCACGGGUUUCCAGGGUUGAGAUAUACUUCAAGGUCAAGGAGAUUAAGUAGAAAUGAAGAUAAAACUGAAAAGGAUAGAAUUUUUGUUGUUUCUGAAAAAAGAAAAACCCCAUCAGUUCCCGUAAGCUUGCUGAAGAUAAAGAUAAAUGUAUGUCAUGUUAUUUUUGAAAAAGGGGAUAUGCUCUGUGAUGUUUUCAUGCUCAGGAAAAACAACAAAUUUUCACUUCCCUCCUCAUUGGAAAUAAAAGACUCUCCCUCAGUCUGUCUUUCUCACAGACAGAGCAACCGAAAUGGACACGGUCAUUUCCCUCCUUGUUCUUUCAGCACUACCCCAGCUUGUAGUACCUGAUGCUCCCUCUGUGACCUCAUUCAGAGCUGUAACUGAGAUGGUGUCAGGGGAUUCAAGGAUCUUCUCUGGGGAGAGUAUCCGGCUGAAAUGCAACAUUCCUGACACCCACAAUUCCUCCUGGGAAUACCGGUGGUUCAGGGGAUCGGAGCAGCUCUCAUAUUUUGGGGAGAACCUCAUUCUGUGGAAAUCCAUAGUUAAAGACAGUGGGAAAUAUUACUGCCAGGGAGUGAGGGACACAGUGGUGGGAAAAAUUCGCACCCUACAAAGUCUGCCUAUAGAGAUCAACGUUGAUGGAGGGUGGGCUAUCCUAAAAGUCCCCCUUCAUCCCGGCCUUGUUGGACACACCUUAAAUGUGACAUGUCGCGUCCGAGUUGGAACCCAACUUCAUGAGGUGAUUCUGUACAAAGAUGGCGUUGAAGUUAUGAGACAAAAUGGCCUCAACCCACAUUUCUACCUGACCAGGCUGACCCUCUGGGACCAAGGAAUGUAUUCUUGUAGGGCCUCCUGGGACACAGACAGACGUACACACUCUGUGAUUUCAGCUGCAACGCCAGUGCAGGUCUUAGAGGUUCUGUCACAGCCAAUUUUGGAGAUUGUUUCAGACAAAAACCUGGUUCCAGUAAAUUUGAUGAAGCUCAUUUGCCACCUCCAAUACAACGCCCCUGCUCCUGCCCCUCCAUUAAACUACUAUUUCUACAAGAAUAACAACCGACUAGGAACAGCAACCUCUGAGAACUAUGAUCUGGUCAAACGGACUCCAGGCCAGUACCGCUGCAGGGCAAAGGUGCCCGAGUUAGACAUCUUCAGGUGGAGUGAGCCCACAAUCUUUGGACAAGUGACAGGACCACAGGUGAUGAUGCCUCCAAUUCUUCGUCCCAGAGACCAGUUGUCUUUAGCGCCUCCAAUCUUACUCCCAGACCGCUCCCAGCGUCUUGCAGCUGAACCAACAGCAGCCCAGCCCUCCCCUCAUCAAUCCACUGCAACUCCUACUUUUAUUGAGCCUACUCAAAUGAGCAUCCAAUCUAAUCCAGGUCCUCCGCUGAAGCCUUCACAGUUAGCACCAAGCACUCUGCUAUCUACAGUCCAGUCUCUCUACCAAACUGCUAUCCCAAACUCUUACAAUACAUUGGGUGAUACGUCUGGAGAAUCUGGGGACAUGCACGAGGAAUCUGGUGACAUGGCUACUGACUCUCUAGACACUUUACUAUGGUAACAAGUUCAUACAUUACAGACCAUUGCAGAAAUUAAUGAUCCUAAAUCAGAGUAAUAACGUGCAAUUGUCACAUCUUCAGCAAAAUGAUAUCAUAUACUUAUGCCAGUGCACACUUAAUUGUGUAAUAUUCAUGUUACAGAUUACCAAUCAUCAGCUCCAUGAUCUCAUCAGUAGUGUUAGUGAUAAUAACUAAUGUCAUACUGUGUAAAGCAAAUAAAGCAUUCCAUAAAUGAUA